CGCUGGGGUGGGCCGAGCGAACGUCAGUCGAUGCCGCGAUCUCUCGGCGACAGGGAUCUUACACGCACGGCCCGCGAAAUUUCGGAGCUGUAUCGAAAAACGAACGAGCCGCAAAAAAAAAAAAUUACCUUACCCAUGAGGUCUUAUUGGUAACAUGGUUAGGACGCCGGAGUAGGCAGUGAUGUUCUCAGAGCUAUGCGGCCUGUGCUCAUAGCCGCUUGCUUGCUGCUCCUCGCGCCUAUCACCGACUCUUGGUGGGCGUCUGGCAGCGCAGUGAUCCUGGACCCGCGCAUGGUGUGCAAGAAGAACCGGCGGUCCCGCGGUCGGCUGGCGCAUAUCUGUCGCAACGAGACCGGCCUGCUGAAGGAGAUCAGCCGCGGGGUGACCCUGGGCGCCACCGAGUGCGCCCACCAGUUCCGCCACCGCCGCUGGAACUGCACCACGCAGCGCCGCAGCAUGAGGAAGAUACUCAUGAGGGAUACAAGAGAGACGGGGUUUGUGAACGCGAUCACUGCAGCCGGAGUGACAUACGCGAUCACCCGCGCCUGUACUGCGGGCUCACUGCUCGAGUGCUCAUGUGAAAAGGGUGUACCAAAACCGCGUCGUGGAAGAACUCAAACGCCCCAGCCCCCAGCACCAACUCAGACAGAGCAGUGGCAGUGGGGCGGAUGCAGCGACAACGUCCGCUUCGGCCUGCAGAAGUCCAGGGAAUUCAUGGACAGUAGAUACAGGAAGAGGAGCGACAUCAAAACGAUGAUAAAGCUGCAUAACCACAACGCUGGGAGGUUGGCAAUCAAAAAUAACAUGAAAGUAGACUGUAAAUGUCACGGCCUAUCUGGCUCAUGCACACUGCGAACUUGUUGGUGGAGAAUGCCCACCUUUAGAGAAGUGGGGGACCGAUUGAGAGACAAGUUUGAAGGUGCUGCUAAGGUGAUCUCAAGUAAUGAUGGCGACAGUUUUAUGCCCGAAAGUCCUAACAUCAAGCGACCUGGGAAAAAAGAUAUCAUAUACUCUGAAGAAUCACCCGAUUUCUGCGGGCCUAACAUGAAGACAGGGUCACUCGGCACUGAAGGGCGCCAGUGCAAUAUAAGUUCUGCGGGAACUGACAGUUGCGAUCAACUUUGUUGUAGAAGAGGGUACAUACAAACAUCUAUAAAGGAGGCUGAAAAUUGCAAUUGUCAAUUUAAGUGGUGUUGCGAAGUCAUUUGUAAAACAUGCUAUGUGAAGCGAGACAUACAAACGUGCCUUUAAUGUGAUAGACAAUAAUAACAUGGUUAAAAUUUUAAUUAAAGUAUUUUUGUAAACAA